AUGUCAGAAUCGUCCACUUAUUUUGAGAAACAAAGAGAUAUGUUGAUCCAAGAAAUUGGAGUCUCUAUUGAGUCAGUAGUCUACAAUUUGGAUAUCUUGAAUAGAUCUCUUAACGGGUCUAUUUCAGUUGGAAAAGAAUUCGACAACGUCGGGAGACUUUGGUCACAUUUCUACGAUGGGUUGAAUCAAUUAAAGGAAAGAAAUAAUCAAGAAGAGACUAACAAAAAUGAUCAAGGCGACGCCAACGACGAUGAUAGUUCGUCAGAUGAACAUGGAUCGUCGGACGAAGAAAUAGACCAAGAUCAGGAAAAUUAG